CCGACCUAGACCACACCAACAUGUGGAGGAAGCGGCAAGGAUCCAUCUUUCUGCUGACAUGGAUUAUACUUCAAGUUCUAUGUACAGCUGUCUCUGGCCUGAGACACAAGACUGCCUGUUACAACUUCAUGUUGAUGGUCGAUCCUCCGUGUGCCGCCACAGAGAUGCUUCUUCCUACCAUGUUUACACUCGGGGUGUCCUCUGACGUCACAUGUCACAGUGAAAUAACUGGAACAAGCUUAAGACAGAAGGGAGUAGACGAAAUCAGACGGUGCUGUCAACAGAGUGAGAAUGAUACAGUGACAGAUUACUGCCUUCAUGCCAUGAAGAACCAACUCCCGGAUCACUACUACCUGGACUUUGUGAAUAGAUGCACGGCUGCUACAAGAUGUCAGCUGUCUUCACCUGGUGGAGGUUUGGUGAAGCAUACUGCUGGAGAAGACUAUGUAACAUUCACGUUUGAAUGUGUGCACAAGGACACUGUGCUGCACAUCCAACAUGAUUCUACACUCACAGGACAGGAGGUGUACCUGUACAACGACCAACAUGAUGGGAUGGCCCAUGCUAACUGUCUUGCAUACUCUCAUGAGUGUGACUCCCAUGUCAUAAUACAACUUGCUGCAACCCGAGUUGUGUCUGCCGCCUGCAGUGUGGACUUCACUGAUGGGGAUGUGUCAACCAGGGUGGAAUGUAAGAACCCACCUGCAUCAAGAAACUGUUCCAGCGUAAUGUUUGAGAGCAAGUCGAACUAUGUUAACAUGUCAAUAUUCAUUACAGUCGAUCCUGGACGUCAAGAAAAAGAAUUUCUGUGGAUACGAGCAAAAGCGGAUACAGGUGAGAAUGUUACCGUCGUCUGUGGAGCCAACAUACCUUCAGAUGUGUCACUGAACUGCCCAACGUCUGUAUCAAAUACUCUAUCAACUACUUCAAUGUUAACACCAACUACUUUAACGUCUUCAUCAACUACUACAACGUCUGCAUCAACUACUACGACAUCAACUACCUCAACUACAACUACUAAUGUUGCUGCUACCACUGCCACUACUACUACACAGACCUCCAAUAAUGCCUCCAGGAAACACACACCGGUAGCGGUUACAUGUGUGCCCAUAGCACUAGGCGUAUCCGUGGCUGUUCUGAUCGUUGGCUUUGUUUCGGGUUGGAUAAUGUCGAGGUGUUUCUAUCAACGGAAGACAAGGAAGAAUGGUGCAGAUGUUUACAACACAACCUCUACUAUGGAAGAAGAACAUACGUACACUACAGUCCGACCUACCAGCGCGCCAACAUAUGCUAACACCUCCUAUGAAUAUUACAAUCAAUAAAAUAUGAGCAUAAUAUUACAGAUACAUAUUCCUGUUCCUUUUGGUUGGUGUUUUCACUUCUGAAUGACGAUUGUAUAGCUUAGUUGCUGAUAUUGAUUUACAGAGUUGCAGAAGUAAAUUCAUUGAGUUACCCGUAAU